AUGCAAAGAAGGCAGGUGGAAGACCGAGAAGAUAUGCAAAGAACAAUUAGUCCUACUAGAGGCGGAGACCAUAGUGCAUUAGCUACUGAUACAGAGGGAGACGAGACUUUUGACCCAAUAAACGCUCCACCUAGUAGCAGACGUCCUUCAAGUAUAUUCUCAUUAGAUAUGUCCCCGUUGGAUCCUCCUAAUGAAAUAGAUAUCAAGAAAUUUACUAGCAACGACUUUCACUUUAGUAUGAUUAGAAAUUUGCACAUGGCGGAUUUCAUCACGAUGUUAAAUGGGUUCAGUGGUUUCUACUCGAUUGUAAGUUGCCUCAGGUUUACUCUAACAGGCAAGGCCCAUUAUGUCCAGAGAGCUCACUUCUUUAUUUUAUUGGGUAUGUUAUUUGAUUUUUUUGACGGUCGUGUUGCUCGGUUAAGAAAUAGAGCAUCAUUAAUGGGGCAAGAGUUGGACUCGCUGGCCGAUUUAGUGUCUUUUGGGGUAGCGCCAGCUGCUAUAGCAUUUGCAAUUGGAUUUCGCUCUACGAUUGACGUGCUGGUAUUGUCCUAUUUCGUACUUUGCGGACUAGCCCGCUUGGCUCGAUUCAAUGUUACUGUUGCCCAAAUGCCUAAAGACAUUUCGGGGAAGUCUAGAUACUUUGAAGGGUUGCCAAUGCCAACAUCAUUGUUUUUGGUUGGCUGCAUGGCAUAUUUAGUGCAUCAGGGGAUGAUUGAAGAUUCUUUACCAUUGGGAAUUUACGGUGAGGGAGAGUGGUAUGAAUUUCAUCCUGUAGUUUUAAGUUUUUUUAUCCAAGGCUGUGGGAUGAUUUCAAAGAGUUUCAAAAUUCCUAAGCCUUGA